AUGACAGGGGUUGGUCGUGUACGGCACGACGCGACUCGAGCAUCACCAUACUCAUCCAAGCCAAAUGUAAAGAAUCCUUCAAAGAGUCCAAGGCGCUAUCUGCAUUCUGCAUUUGAUAAUUUCUAUGAUUUUUUUAUGGAGAGCAAUGUACACGCUGGCGCCCCAUCCAUCCGACCUCGGAUAACACAUACGCGACAAAGCUCACUACGAUCUUCUUCCGAAGUUUCAGAUGAAUCCAUGUCAGAUGAGGACACAGGAACGCGUGAUGCACUCAGUAACGACACUGGAUCAUGGGGCCAAGUGCCUAUGCAAUCCACGCCACGUCCACGUGCUCAAAGAGAGAUACAAGAUGAUUCCUUCCUUGACCGACUUAUGACAGGGGCCAAGGAUGUCCCAAAAGCGCCAAAAAGAAAGCGUGGACGCCCGCGUAAAGAAGAAGCGGCCUUUACAUUCCAUCCAUCAUCUAUACAGCCUCAAGCAUCCGUGUCUGCAUCGUUUCCGAGGCGUGCCACUCAAACUACCAGCACACCUUUGGAAGACUCGACUGAACAGCCAAAACGAAAGCGUGGGAGGCCGCGUAAGCGUGAACUUGCGCCGCAUGAAGAAAUCGCCCUUAUUGCCUUUAAACAGUCUGGCCAUAUCCCCCCAUGGACUGUCAUAGCACCUGUGGACAGGCCACCUCAAUACCCAGAAACCCAUGUUUAUUUCCGUGUCCCGCAGACAAGGCGGCACCCUCCUUCUAUACUCGACUCACCUGAAGCCCCAAAGCCACAGCCCUCGCGCUGGUGGCACUACAAGCGACCACUAUUAAGAGGUAUACCGGCAAGACGAACGGAUGGUCAAACGCCUGAGCCACUGCCACUCGCCCCGCCAGGACGACGACCACGCACACGUGUGGACUAUGCGGCUUUGCAACAUCUCCAGCUCGCAAACCGAGCGCGUGGAGCUCAACUUGAUGUACAAGCACUUUGGCAGCAUCGUGUGUCUAAGGAGAAGGCACGAUUCACGAAGGCUGCCACCACUGGUGAUGCUACAACGGCAGCAUGA